ACAUCUCUCAUACCAUACUCUCUCUCUUUCUCUUAUUCACUCAUUCACACUCUCCACACUGCGAUUCACAGAUGGAUCGCAACGGUGUCCUCGCUCUCGCAUUCCUCUGCAUUGUAGUCGCCGGCGUCGGGGGCCAGUCUCCGGCAUCAGCGCCCUCCAAGACUCCCGCCCAACCGCCUUCCACGCCCAAAUCACCCGCUCCCGCCGCCGCCCCCAAGUCCUCUCCUCCAGCUUCGUCUCCCAAGGCCGCCGCCACCCCCGCCUCCACCCCCGCGGCACCUGCGCCCACCACCAAGCCUCCGGCUGCCUCCCCUCCGGCGGCGACUCCUCCAGCUAAGGCUCCGGCUAGCUCCCCGCCGACGCCUGUUCCGGUGAGCUCUCCCCCUGCUCCUGUUCCGGUGAGCUCUCCCCCUGCGGCUGCUCCCGUGGCGGCGCCGACCACCCCUGUUGCUCCUGCUCCGGCUCCGAGCAAGCACAAGAAGGGUAAGAAGCACAGUGCUCCGGCGCCGUCACCGGCGUUGCUUGGUCCUCCUGCGCCACCGACAGGGGCUCCUGGACCCAGUGAAGAUGCUUCUUCCCCUGGACCUGCGUCUUCUGCUAACGAUGAGAGUGGGGCAGAGACUAUGAUGUGCUUGAAGAAGGUUCUAGGAGGCUUAGCUUUGGGUUGGGCUACCCUUGUUUUGGUCUUCUAGACAGACCUUUGCCUUUGCUCUUGUAUUGUAUCAUUUAUUUCCUUUUUUUCUUUUUCUUUUUUCGACCCUGUUUUGGGUAUACAUUACAUUUAUUUACAUUGUUACCUUCGGACCUUAUUAUUCCAUUCAUGUCCUAGUUAUUACUGC